AUGUGUAAGAGGGAUGGGGACAAGGAAGGAGUGAUCAACACACCCACACAGCUUCUACCUACAAGCCUAUGCAAUCACACUUACUAUCUGACAGAGAGGCACAGAGGGAAUGACAAGAAAGAUAUCCCUGCUUUCAUUAUCCACUUCACUUGGGACAUUGCAUACAACCUCCUUUUCCUGGCCUCCACGCAGCAGCUUGCCAAGCACCCAGAACACAGGCCACUGGUCUCAACCCGACUUUACACGCCGAUUGCCAUGGCCUUGACCCGUGACCCUAAGGAUGCAUUGCUGUUUGUCUUAUGUGACCUUGAGGAGGAAAGUUUCAAGACAUUAAAGUUCUACCUGCAGAGCAUAACCUUGCCUGAUGGUCACUGGCAGUUGGCCCGAGGGAAGCUGAAAGGCCUGAGUCCGGUGGACCUGGCAUCUCAACUCAUUGACAUAUAUGGAGCAAAUGAGGCUGUGAACGUGGUGCUUAAGGGCUUGAAAAAGAUGAACCUGUUAGAGCUUGUGGACCAUCUCAGCCACGUUUGUCUGAAUGAUUACAGAGAAAGAUACCGAGAGCAUGUGCGCUACCUAGAGGAGAGGCAAGAAGGAGGAGUCAACGGCAGCUACAACCAGCUACUCCUGGUGGCCAAGUCCAGCUCAGGGUGCCCAGAGAAGGAGGUCACGGUGAAUGAUCUGUUUGGUUCAGGGGAAAGGUCCUCCAAGUCCACUGUAGUGCUUCAGGGGUCAGCUGGCACUGGAAAGACAACACUGGCAAGAAAAAUAGUAUUGGACUGGGCCAGUGGUACCCUGUUUGCAGGACAAUUUGAUUAUGUCUUUUAUGUGAGUUGCAGGGAAGUGGUGCUGCUGCCAGAGUGCACUCUUGAUUUGCUCCUUUUCUGGUGUUGUGGGGACAAUAAAGCACCAGUCAAGGAGAUUUUGAGGCAGCCAGAGCGCCUCCUGUUUAUCCUGGAUGGCUUUGAUGAAUUACAGAGGCCCUUUGCCGAGAAACUGAUGAGGCCAAGGUUGAGCCCCAUGCAAGACCUGUUGCAUCGUCUAAUUAGGAGAAAUAUACUUUCGGAGUCCUUCCUUUUCAUCACAACUAGACCCCUAGCUCUGCAAAAUCUUGGGUGCUUGCUGCAGCAACCACACCAUGUCCACAUUGUAGGUUUCUCUGAGGAGGAGAGGAAAAGAUAUUUCAGGUUCUAUUUCACAGAUGAGGAGCAAGCCAGAAAUGCCCUUGACUUUGUACAAAGAAAUCAAGUUCUUUACAAAGCAUGCCAGGUUCCAGGUAUUUGCUGGGUGGUCUGCUCCUGGCUAAAGAAGCAGUUAGAAAGAGGCAAGGAAAUCUCAGACAUACCCAGUAACAGCACUGAUAUCUACAUGGCCUAUGUCUCCACCUUCUUGCCACCCAAUGACAAUGAGGACUGCUUGGAGCUUCCCCGCCACAAGGUCCUAAAGAGUUUGUGUUCUUUGGCAGCUGAGGGGAUCCAGCACCAGAAGAUUCUAUUUGAGGAAGCUGACCUCAAAAAGUACAAUUUAGAUGGGCCCAAACUUGCUGCUUUCCUGAGUAGCAGUGAUUACCAAGAAGGGCUUGAUGUCAAGAAGUUCUACAGCUUCCGCCAUAUUAGCUUCCAGGAAUUUUUUUAUGCCAUGUCCUACCUGGUGAAAGAGGACCACCACCCAUUGGGGAAGGAGUCCCGUAGGGAAUUGGAAAGACUGCUAGAGACAAAGAAUGAGGAUAUGACCCUCAGCAUGCAAUUUUUACUGGACAUGUUGAAAUAUGGCAGCUCCUCAAACUUAGAAGUAAAGUUUUGCUUCAAAAUUUCUUCUUAUGUAAUUCAGGAUCUGAAGCAUUUUAAAAAACAACUGGAAUCUGUAAGACAUAAUAGUACCUGGGAUUUGGAAUUCUCCCUUUAUGAGUCUAAAAUCAAGAACCUGGUAAAGGGUAUUCAAUGGAGUGACACAUCAGUUGCACUGACAUGUUCAAAUGAAAAGGAAGUCCGCCAGAGAUGCUCAUUCAAUGUUAAAACUUCCUUGAGAAACAGACAGGGAAAGGAGCCAAAGAAUCUUCUUGAAGACAAAAACAAAAGAGCAGGGACACAGAAGGGAGAUUCUGAUGGCAAAGGCAGAGGGACAAAAGAACCAGAGACAAGGAAGUUAGGAGCAGUUGCAUGUGGAAGCAUAGAAAUGGGGACAAUAGAAGUAAUGGGCCAGAGGAAUGGUGGGGUGCAAGAGCAGGAAAAUUGGAGUAAGACAGCAAAAAAGAAUGGAAAAAUGUGA